CUCUUACCGUUACAACCAUACAGGGCAAGUGCUGAGUCGUAACCAUCCAAAAAUGACGGAAAUCAAGAAUACAGCAGUUCAAGGGGAAGAUUCUACUCCCAUGUGGAGCUUCAUUUCAGCAGAAGAUGAUAAGGCUGUGAUGUCAAAGUUCCAAAUAGAGAGUUCCAAGGUUGUUGAGAAGUGGUCCAUGGGAAAUGCAUCUGUUGUUGAGAAAGAUGCAGCAGUUUCAUUUCUGAUACAGCUUGGAUUCGCACAGAUUACUGUUCAGUAUGAUGACCAUCAAUCAGCUACUCAGAAACAAGUGACUAUUCAAUUAGAUGUUGGACAGAAUAAAGAGACAGAACAUGCUGAUUCAGGACAAGCCAAGGAUGGUGUCUGUAGCCAAGAGAUCACUGCCACACCUGCAACUGCUCAACCUUCUACUGCUCCACAACAGCAAAGUGCUGAGAAAGAACAGAGUGAUGAUGAGGAUAAUGGGAACUACUCAGCAUGGAUGUCAGAAUCCAAUGAUACAGAUGACAAUGACGCCAUGGGAGCAGAAGACGGUGUCCACCCGAGUACAACUCAACAGCUAAGGGAGGAACACCCUUGCCCUAGUUGCCAUGCAGUCUUUCACAGCACAUGGGAAUUAGAUCUGCACAGAGUGCAGGACUGUGAAGAGCUUAAAGAAUCAACCCAGCAAGUAUACAACUGUGACCAAUGUACAAGGUCCUUUCGUAUGAAGCUCCCAUUUUUUAAACACCUACGUGAUGUUCAUGAUUGUGACAUCACUUCCUCUCAACUUCUUGAAAAACUGGAAGGUCUGAAAAGUACAAAAAGACAAAGCAAUGCAAAGAAAGAUGAAAGAGAAAGUUUAAAGAAGGGUCGUAGGAAAAGAUCAAAGAAGGAUGCAAGAAAGAAUUCGAAGAAGAAUGCAAGGAAAACUAAUGAGCCACCUGCAAGGCGAUCUGGCAGACUUCAAAACCUCAGAGAAUUAAGAGAGCAAACAAAGCAGCAGACAGUGGCGAGGAAGAAGAAAAGAAUUGUGAGAGAUGUGCAGGAAGAGAAAACACAAACAAAGAGUGACAGAACAAAUACACCUCCACAUUUGAAGACACAAGUCCUUCCUGAUCUGAAGCUAAGAAUAUAUGAUACGUUGAAGAGAAUGACUAUUAAAUCUGGGAAUUCUCCUGUGACUUCAGAUGUAGGGACAGCAGAGCAGAGACAUGAUUCCGAUGAACACCAGGUUGUAGAGACUUUAUGUGAUAAUCCCAAUGGUACUGGUCAAGGGUCGUCUGUACAUUGGGAUAGUGAAAAGGAGUCACAUACCCCAAUCAUUAGUGGAGAAUCUGUAAUAGACUGUAGAGACCGAGAAACACCAGUGCUGCCUGUGCCAGAGGUAGAGCUUGAAGAGAAGGACAGUACGUUGACUGUUGGCAAUCAAGACGGAAGGGGUGAACCAUGUGAAGCAAAUGAACAAGAGAAAGGCGGUGACUCCAAGAAAGGCAGUGACUCCCAGGAAGCAGGAACAAAGACAGGCAGAAAAAAGUCAAGAAAAUCUGGGAAACUAGUUUGCGGCAUUUGCCACUUGGAAUUUCCCUCUAUUCAUUUUCAACGGAAGCACAUCUUUGAAAGCCAUAAGGAAUGUAGAUAUUUUUAUCAGAAGUGCAGUACCUGUGGUAAAAUUUUCACAAAUAAGAGCCAAUAUAAAUCCCAUGUAAUAACCCAUGCAGACAUUGAAGAAAGGAAGAAGAACCAAUCCACAGUGAAAGUUCAAUGCAAAUGGUGUGAUAAAACUUAUGAUACUGCAAGUGGCCUUUCAAAACAUGUCAAUUCUAAGCACACCAAAAAGAAGACAUACCCUUGCGAAUUGUGUGGGAAAGUUUUCUACAUUGCUGAAAAGAUGAGAAUGCAUGUACUGUGUCAUAGUAAAGAAGAUAGAGCAUUUAAAUGUGAAGAAUGUGGAAAAGGCUUUGUCGCUUUGUAUUUUCUGAAAAACCACAAAGCAACGGUCCAUUCCAAUGUUCACCAAAGUCUAUGUGAUCUCUGUGGAGCUUCUUUUAAGUAUAAGGGAAGCCUUCAACAGCAUUAUAAUACCGUCCACUCCAAUGUCUACAACUUCAAAUGUGAGGUUUGCGGAAAGAAAUUCCAGCGUGCGACACUCCUGAAUGCCCAUAUGAAAAUUCAUUCCAGUGACGCUUCUGCCAAGCCGUUUAAAUGUGAACAGUGUGGCAAGUGUUUUCGAACUCGAUAUAAGUUGAAAGUGCAUUUGGAUUGGCAUAAUAACAUCAGGUCACACACUUGUGAGGUGUGUGGCAAGUCGUUUCUAACAAAGGGUAACUUGACCAAACACAUGUAUACCCAUCAGGACAAGAAACCACAUGAAUGUCGGAUUUGUAACCGAGGGUUUUCUGACAUGCCGGCGCUCAGGAGACAUCUGGAUGUAGUACAUAAGAUCACCCUGAAGAGAGUCCUAUCACGGAUGAAUCCCGAAGUCACCAAGUCCGCAGAGUCGGCAGUGGCUGAUGUCCCUAGUGCAAGGUCACCUCCACCAGCAAAGUCAGGGGCUGCUGCAUAUGAAGGGGAAAGUGCAGAAUUUGGGAAUAUUGAAGAUUCUGCUGCCACUGAUGGAGAAGUUGAGGAAGCACUUCUAGAAAUGAUGAAUGCUUAGAUUCAUAGUUUGGCUAUGCAGUCGAUACCAAGAUCUGUUCGUAUG